AUGGCGUUUUUGUCAACGUGGGAGUCCCAUUGGAUCGGUUUACUAUCACAAUGUCUGGCAUCACAUGUGUACCUUUCGGCAUUGGCCAUCCUGACCUGGUCCGGUCUCCUACUUGUCCUAGUUCAUGACUUGAUCCUUUGCCUCCGUCUUCCACCAGGUCCAACACCGAUCCCUUUUCUCGGCAAUAAAUUGAUCAUUCCGACAUCCUCACCGUGGAUUACGUUCGAAAAAUGGUCUCAGAUAUACGGCCCAAUCUUCACCAUCUGGAUUGGUAGGAGGCCUACAAUCAUCAUAUCGGACCCCAAUGUCGCAGUUGCCUUGCUGGAGAAGCGUGGUACAAAUUUCAGCUCGCGCCCGCGGUUCGUGGUGAUGGGGGAGCUGUACUGGGACAACGCAGGCAUCCUAGUCCAACCAUAUGGCAAGGAAUGGCAGAUUCGUCGCCGAAUGCUCCAUCAGGCGCUUAACCCAUCCGCCCUCCGUCUUUACAAGCCCACUCAAGAGGCCGAGGCGACGCGGUUGUGUAGCGCUCUACUCGAUGAGCCGGGUUCGUAUGAAGGACUGAUUGAUCGAUUUACCGCAAGCGUGGUAUUUAGCAUCGCCUAUGGACAUAGAAUCGACUCGAUGAGCUCGAAAGUCGUUCUCCAACGACUGGAUUUCAUGCAAUAUGCCGCAUCCCUGAACGUUCCUGGGAGGUAUCUAGCCGAGACAGUCCCUUUGCUCAAACGUAUUCCCAAUUGGCUCGCACCUUGGAAGGCCGAGAUUCAGCGUCGAGGCCGCAAAGAAGCAGAAACGAACAUGGCCCUCCUGCGCCACGUAGAAGAGGAGCUUCGGCAAGCAGAGUCACCUUCAGAAGUGCCAGAUUCACUCGCCAAGCUUCUUCUCCAGGCGCGAGAGGUGGACCAAGCAACAUUUGGAGUUCUAAGCAAACGAGACUUUUCCUUCGUUCCCGCCUCUCUCUUCGGGGCUGGAAGUGACACGACCGCGAGCACACUGUGCAGCGCAAUUCUGAUGCUCAUCACCAACAUCGAAGUCCAGACCACGGCGCAAAAAGAACUGGACUAUGUCAUUGGGCGAACGCGCCUGCCGACUUUUGAUGACGAGCUAAGGCUACCUUACAUCAAAGCGCUUUGUAAUGAAACAUUGAGAAUAAGACCUGUCGCCGUACUGGGCGGUACUCCUCACGCCAACUCUGUCGCAGAUACCUAUAAUGGAUACUUCAUCCCGCAGGGCACGACAAUUCUCUCCAACUCAUGGGCAAUCAAUCUUAACCCUACUUACUAUCCGAACCCCCAUAAUUUCAAUCCACUACGGUUUUUGAAAGUCGAUCCAACGACACUGCCCUACCUUCCCAAGCUGAACAAGCAAGACUUGGCAGAGAUGUCCCCGCCGAACUUGCACCCCGCCAAGGAGGGACACAGCUCCUUUGGAUGGGGACGACGAAUCUGCCCAGGGGCAGGACUGGCGGAAAAUUCUUUAUUUAUUGCUGUGGCCCGUCUCUUAUGGGCGUUCGAGUUCAGGCCUGUGCGAGAGUCGGAUGGAUCUACCCGGAAGUAUGAUACUUUUGCAUAUACUCAAGGGUUCAAUAUUCGGCCACUGGCAUUCGACUGUGACAUUCGCGUGAGAAGUGAGGAGCGCAGACAGGCCUUGAUGAUGGAAGCUGAGAUUGCCGAAGCUUGGAUGUCUCAAUUCACUCCGUUUGAGGACUAG